AUGGAUACUAUUCCUUCUUCAGCUAGCAAGUCUAUCACACCGAAACCUGAUGCUGUCCCUAAUAGUACUUCGGUUGCUUCAACAAGAAUUAGCGAUGACGACCUAUACAGAACCUCUACUCAAUAUAGGAUAUGGUCCUUUAAGAAGGAUCAGCUUGAAAAGCUGCGAAAAGAUUUGAACAGUAAGGCUGCUAAGGUUACUGAGGACCAAAUUUUGGAGUUUAAGGCUUCCCAUCCGGAACUUACUGAAGAAGAGCUUGCUGCUAUUGAAAGUCAAGCUAUGCCCUUAACAGUAGAAGAAGAACUAAAAUUGGUUAGCUUCUAUGCUAGGAAGGUAAAACAAUUUUCAAGCUCCUUAAAUCUUCCUACAGAGGUCACUGCAACUGCAAUAUCAUUUUUUCGAAAGUUCUUCCUUUCCAAUUCUGUAAUGGAAAUACAUCCUAAGAACAUCCUUCUAACGGCAAUCUUUUUAGCCUGCAAGUCUGAGAACUACUUUAUUGGGAUUGAUUCCUUUUCACAGAAAACAAAAUCUAAGAAGGAGGCUAUUUUGGAGUAUGAAUUUAACCUCUUGGAAUCAUUACAUUUUGCGUUGUUGAAUCACCACCCAUACAGGGCGUUACAUGGGUUCUUUUUGGACAUCCAGAGCAUUUUAACAGGGAAAGUGGACUUGGAAUACCUAGGUCAAAUAUAUACCAACUGUAAGAAGAGAAUUACUGAAGCAUUGCUUACGGAUGUUGUGUUCUUGUACUCUCCACCACAAAUUACGUUAGCUGUGCUACUAAUAGAAGAUCUGGCACUAGUGGAAAAGUACUUGGAAAUGAAAUUCCCAGAAGACACUCCAGAAACAGCUCCAGCUUCUGCGGAUUCGAAGACUGAUGCUACGGUGCCACCAAGUACGACAGAUACCAAAAAUGGCAAGGUGAAUUUAUCGAAGUUGAGGAAAAUUUUAGAUGAGUGCAAGGAUGUUAUUUUAAAUAAUGAGAUUGCAGGUAAAGAAGAAGUGACUAGAAUUGAUGCGAAACUUCAUUACUCUCAGAAUCCAAUGCUGGUGGUUCAGCGCCUGAAGAGGCAAAAGGAGUCAUCAAGCAGCACGAGCCCGACACCGGAUGUUAAAAGACAAAGAGUUUAA